AUGAAUGCAAACGAAUGGUUAAAUAAAAAAAUUCCGAUAAAUCAAAGAACACGAGCCACAAGUCUUUACAUCAACGGACAACGUAGCAAAUGUGAUCAUAGCGAUUUUACGCCUGGUUGCAAAUAUUGUAGUAAUUGUAGUCAAAUUAAUUAUAGAAUUGCACCGACUUUUGAAUUCUAUAAUACUCUUAAUGACUUUGUUAAUUUGCAACAAUUAUCUAUUAUCGGUACUAAACAGGACGAGCAACAAAAGUUAACAAGUUUGAAGAUUGAUAAAUGUAAUAAGUUAACUAAUCUUACAAUAUAUUAUACUACUCUUACCAAAUUAAAUAUUAAUGAGAAUAUUAUGCUCCAAAAUGUCGACAUUAGCUAUAACAACUUAUGUAGGUUAAAUUUAGAUUGUAAACUAAAAAAACUCGACAGAUUUAAUUUCAUUGGCAACAAAGAACUCAGUUUCAACGACAUUAGAUUAAAAAGUCAAGUAGAAAAAUUAACUAGCAUUAUACGAAAUAUUAAAGGGGUUGGUCUCGGUGACUUAAAGUUAGCGGCCAAGAAAAUUGAAGAGGAAAAUUUAGAGGACCAAUUAGCUAGUACUAAAAAUAGAAUGGAUAAAAAUGGAGCAUUAUUGUUGGAACUUUUACUAGAAACUCAUCAAGAAUUAGAAAAAGUUAAAAAAGGAUUAUCAGAGGUGCUAACCGCAGAAGAAAUCCGAGAUUUCUUAAGAAAAAAAAGAAGAAAUUUAUGA